ACAAACCCUACUCUCACAGGAUCCAAACGUGCAUUCUGGACUUGUCAAAGGACCUGGAANAGAGCAGGCAUCAACACAUUUCGCUGCCUUGUCGGCUGCACAAUCGGCGAUUUUUCCGCCCUAUGGGCCUUGCAAACAUACACCCCAGAUCUAGUGACAUGUGGACUCAGCACCUCCAUCGCCUUGGAAACAUCUCUUCUGUUCUGGGGCAAGGACAAGCUUCCUCUCAACAAAGCCUUCAAGACGGCAAUGGGUAUGAGUUUCAUCUCCAUGCUAGCCAUGGAACUAGCGGAAAAUGCUGUGGAUUUUCAUCUCACGGGUGGAGUUGUAGCGCUACAAGACCCACGGUUUUGGGGUGCUGCAGUGGUGAGUGUGGCUGCUGGCUAUCUAGUGCCAUUACCUUGGAAUUACUAUAGACUGAGGAGAUGGGGGAGAACGUGUCAU